UACAAACUAGUUCACGCCCGGCCAGAAUUAACGCCCUAAACUUGUUGAACAGGUCUUAUCCAAGGUAGCCGUCGAAAAGAUGUCGCCGUUUAUUUUCUAAAAUCGUCAGCAAGGUUGUAACUUGGCGGAAAAUCGGACCAUGGUUACUUCACCAAUAAUUGCGCGUCGGUUUAUGAGGCGUAUUUGCGUGAAAAGAAUGUGAAAAUUGUUGUUUCGCAACGCCAAAGUCGAAACAAAUUUGUAACUAACCUAUAAAAUUUUUAGCUCUAAACCUUUAUAGAUUUCAGGGCGUUGCUCGAGUAUCGGUGUCAAUUGCCUACCACAACUACCCUCCAUACCUCCCAUUAGAAAAACACGGAAAUUCAGCCUUUUCUAAUCACAUGGCAGGCACCGAAAAUACUGAACACGAAGAUCAUGAAAUGGAAGAACACGACGAUAAUACCACUCUGGAUACAUCGGAAAAUCCAGAGGAAACGAGUGUCGAAAUUGCAGAUGACGAACAGGAAGAGCCACCAUUUUCCAUCCAUGAUGAGCGUGAAAAAUGCAUUUGGGUUUUGUGGAUUGCCUUCCUAGUGACGCUCGUCGGUGUCGUCAUUGGCACGACGCUUUACAUAAACCAAGUCUACUUCUUUAUCAAAGAUCCGGAGCCAACAUUUUCAUCCACCGACAUCCUGAACGGGUUCCGUCACGAUUUUUUCCAUGAAGCCAGGACAUUCAACGAGUCCCAAAGAAUUUGCUUUGCUCGUAAUUCGUACUUAAUCGUUUUCAACAAUACAGAGGAACAUACCCGUUUCAACGACUAUGUGACCGAGACCUUCCAGCCUUUUAUCCGCAAUAAUACAGAUCGAUGGAAAAGGGUUGGACUUCAAAUCUGGACUGGAAUAAGAAUAAUUUUCCAAGCAGGCGAACUGACGCAUUUCGAUUGGCCUACUAAAGAGGAGUCUCCCGAGGAAAUGCUAAGAUUCUAUUUCGUUUCGCAAGAACAUCGUUUAUGUAAUAUUGGAACAAUUGAAAGAAUGCGACUAAUCCGGAAAGCAAUGCAAAGCAAACAUAAAUCGAGACAGUUUAUCGUUAAAGACUUUACAGGAAAAACCGAAAAUGCCAUUAAUGAAACUGGUUGUUGGCAGGUCCGUAUACUUGAAGAAAACGAAUCGCUCAUUUUGCCAUUUGUUUGCAAGAGUCAAAAUCCCGAAUCCACUCAACAGCUUUGAUAUCUAAAGGAUAGGUGGCUGAUACAAGGCGUCUUUAUGACAAAUCGUGUUGUUCAUUUAUUGUCAAGCUCUCGAAAUAAAAACAUUUCCAACGAAAA